AUGGUGAAGGCAAUAAAACCCGUUUCCAUUUUCGUGGUCUGCUUCCUCUUCUUCUUGGUCAUCUCUGACGUGCCAGAGAUAGAAGCACAGGAUAGCAAGUGCUUGAAAGAAUACGGUGGUGAUGUUGGUUUCAGCUUUUGUGCGCCUCGGAUAUUUCCGACGUUUUGUUAUACAAGAUGCCGUGAGAACAAGGGGGCUAAAGGUGGAAGAUGCCGUUGGGGAGAGGGCAGUAAUGUUAAGUGCUUGUGCGACUUCUGCAACGAUCAGCCGUAA